ACGAGCGGAUCACUUCGUAACGGUUGCUCGAUGGAAUUAACGACGCCUCGGUACUUCGUCGACGAUACGUUUUCUAUACGAGGCUGGAAAUUUCAAACGCGUAGCUGCUUCCUAAACGGCGAUUGUAUUUUUUAACGGUACGCUGUCGCGAAAGAAAACGCAACCGCGAAGCUUGCACGCUCGCGGGAACUCGACGAUGUAGCGCUUCGAUGGACGAAACCAAAACAGCUGCUCAUCGCGGAUUAAAGGACCACUAACGAGUUACGGUCAUGAGAUAUUAAGCGACAAAUUUACGGAUCCCAACGGCUCGGUGUCGACCUCGUUUAAAAUUAAACCGAACCUGGUCACCAGAGGAAAGAACUUUCUUACGUGGAAAUGGGAACCGAUCCAUCGAUCGUGGCUCUCGGUAUCGUACAACAAGGUUCGCAGGAAUUUGUCACCGAGGUUAUUGCCGGCCUCGAAAUGUGUCAAUGACACGGUGCCGCACGUGAUUAUCACCAAGGCACCAUUAUUAUUCUAGAUGAACUCGCGUGCGUGCUAUUGACAUCGGCAGCCUUCACCGCGUACGAGGCUCGACGAUCGACAAUGACUUUGAGAGAUCGUUAAACGUUUGAGAGUUUCGUCGAAGACGGCAUAAUCGAUAGAUUCUCGUGCAUAAGAGGAUUCAAAAUAUUGGCUUAACGCCAAAGAUGAGGACGACAAGACUCUCGGGCAAGUGUAACGCAGCCAAAAUAAGCACCAGCAAAAAGACGAGUGAACGCGGUCGCGUAAAGCUAGCUCUACGAGAGCGUCAUCGCGUUCGUGAGUACCUAUCGACACUGGGAUCACGAGUCCUGAUGACAAAAACCUACAAAAUGAAUCGAACGCGUCUCGAGCUGGCCGUCGACGCGAUACCGUGUCUCGUUCGAAGAUAGUUAACGCGAUCGUGUUUCUCAAACGGCCGAACAAGAGUCGGAAAAACAUUUCCGUGGAGCUGUUUGAACGGGGACCCGAGGGGGAAGAGCCGUUUCCACGAUCGCGGCAACAUGUUACAACGAAUAGAGGACGAUCAAUCUGUUUAACGUCGUUUCGACCGCUGGCCGUGUUUACAGUACUCGAUGAAGCCUGCUGGAUCGUCGAUGGCGUGGAAUCGAGGGAACAAAGUGACAACGAGCAACGAGACCGUCUCCAGGAGGACUUCUUUGUCCAGUGGAAUCAAGUACGACAUCGGAGACAGCGUGCUUCUAUCUACGGUGCAACGGAACGCUCGCCAAAAAGCAAGACGGAUUGUCGAGGAGAGCUGGCAGGUAAACGGUCUCCAGUCCGCGCGGGUAAAGUGCAACUCUUCGCUAAAGGGCAGUACCUGCAAAGUGAACAACUACAGCAUCGUCGCCUCUAGGGGAGAGCUCGCUCGAAAUAACUGCGCGGCGAGAGAGACGCCGGCGCCGUGCAUCGUUAACAAGAAGAGCAGGGCGAUCCUCGACGCGAGCACCCGCGCCAAACGCCGUGAUAGCUUUCUCGACGAGGAGUUCUCGGCCAAACAGCUCCCCCAGGACGCCGCAGGAUCGAACGACCUCGGAAGGAUACAGAAAGCCAUUCGCAAGUCGUUCUCCGUUCCUAUAAAUCUAACAGAAGGCCUUUCAGCGGCGGAGAAGACGAGACGAAGGGCGACCGAGGAGGGUAUUCUGAAAAGGUCUUCGGCUUUUUUGGCGAAUCUCACCCACUCCGCGAGCAGAAUCGCGAACGGUUCCUCGAAACAAGAGAAACCCUGCUCGAACGCGUACCGUUCGGGCGCCUCGCCUAAAUACUCUACUCUGAAGGGAUACUUCUCGAUCCUGAGCAGCGUCCCUAGCGACCAGCAGCCACCACUGCGACGCUCGCCGAGCUUUCAAACGCUGCCGGUCGAAAGGAAGAAGAAAAGCCCCGCUCGCGUGAAGAAAUCCGUGUCGUUCAGUUCGGACACGAGCUUCGAGGAAAAACGCUUGCCUUUCAAAAGAACCGCUGUUCACGACGUCAAGGUCUACCACAAGGGAGUCUUGCAAGAUCGCAGCGCGCUCGACGAUAAGAUCGUAAAAGUGCCACCGUCGUGGGAAACACCCUCCGAGGGCCGUUCGGCCCUUCUGAGGGCGGCCAGGGAUGCCGACGACACGGCUCUCCAUCAGAUCGCCGCACGGGUCCGAAAAUUUGGAUUCGGCGACAUGGACGUUAACGUGGUCGAUAGCAGCGGCAGGACCGCCAUAAGCUACAUGGCUGGGAACGGUGCCUCGGCGAUGUUGGAGCUGGCUCUGUCGUGCGAGGGGGUGGAUCCGAAUAUUCCCGACAACGAAGGCAACACGCCUCUACAUUUCGCCGCGCAAGCGGGCCAAACGGAAUGUCUGAACAUACUCCUCCAAAGGUGCCAGGACAUCGAGGUCGACGCUAGAAACGCGUCGGGUUUCACCCCGUUGAUGAAGGCAGCCCUUCAAGGGAGGACCAAGUGCGCUAAAAUUCUCUUGUUCGCCGGGGCGAAUCCAACCUUGAGAGACCACGGGAGAGGAUUAAGGGCGGAACAGUGGGCCAGAUUCUGCGGAAGAUACGUUUGCGCCGAGGUGAUCGAGAGGUUCGCCAGGCACCGGCUUUUGGAAAGGUCCACGUCGUGUCGAUGGGGCAGCGAGCCCGAAUUAGCGGCCAAAGUACUGCAGGGGAAGUUGAUGCCCAUUCCUACGGCUCCCAUGCAACCGCCGUCCUCGGGGCUGAAAUCGAAGAUAAGAAGGGUCUUUCGGACCACUUCUGGACCAAAUCGAAAUUUCUCGCUGGUUUCGCAGCUGACCAGCGCGGCCCUUUGCGCCAGCAGUCCCGCUUUACCGAAAGCCAGCGAAGUCCCUCCCGUGGUGAAAAGUCUUCUUCGACCUCUGAGCGUCCCGCAGUUAAGAGUGACGCUAGUAUCCCCGCAAGACUUUAUCGAGCAGUCCAAGGACAAGUUUGGAUCGAAUUUCACGGAAAAGAUCGAGAACGCGGCGGUGAAGCCAUCGCGGUCGAAGAAGAAGAACAAAUAGAUGGAUAAAAUUAAUUAGAAAAUUGGCUAGCGAA